UCCUGGCGGAGGUUCGACCAAAAACUCUAGUCGAAAGUGGUAUCCUUGAACUCAUUACUAAGUCCAGCGAUUAACACCGCUACAUAAAUCCGCAUGCCCAUCACUAACGGUGCUUGAGAGCUACCAGCACGGCCAAUUAGUUCCUACAAAACCAACUUCAUCUUCGUCAAUCGCUUUCAUAACCCGCAUUCACCAUCAUGUUGAUUACGUUUAUGUACCUCGUCCUGACCAUCCGCACAUCGCUUAAGUUUAGAGCCGUAAGAAAUAAUCUCAGGAAAAUACUGACCGAUCGCUACGCAGUCAGCUUUCACACUACAUCCACUAGUGGUCCCGAACUUGAUUCUCCCGAGACCGAGUUGUGCGCUACCGUGUCGACGUGCAUUUGGGCCGGCACCGAUCAGAGAGGCAGCCUGGUGUACCCGGUGCGACGAGUAGACCUUUCGAACUGGUUCAGCUUCCCGGAGAGUGUGGAAGAUCAUACGAGCUCUUGCUGGACUCUAUCGGAAGAUGAAGAAGCGAUUCAGCUGCAUCUCACUCUAGAACGAACAAGCGAGCCCCAAACGAUUGCAACGGAUCCGGAUUCGAUCAUGUUAAGACGGUUUGGACGAUUUUUGGCCUGGAAUCGUGCGUCGCACGGGGUGGAAGUUAUACUUCAAACUGAUGCUGCAAGCCUGUUUCAACUGAUUGUGGCGACAUUCGGUAACAGUCGGUUCUACGUGCACGGCGGUCAACUGAAAAUUGUGCAAUUUGAUUCCAUCGAAACUUUCGCUGAACCAACACCUUUCGGUGAAUUGGAAAAGCAGUACCCUGUAAAUACAUUCAGUAGCAUAGCUAAUACGAGCUGCAUGGACAGUUGGUUGUCAAGCCUAGCGGGAGUUGAACUACAAUCGUGGCAAGCCGUUACUACUUCCGUUAGCAUGCAGCCAGAUAUCAUAUCAUCGAAUGAUAUCAAAAAUUCCCUUGAAAUAGCGGACGGUACAGUGGUUGCUAGUCACAGUAGAACGGACCUUCUUUCAAGCGGCAGUAACUCUCGCAAUCGGUCACAGUUGGAUCUAACCGAUGGGAUAGUUUCUUCGCUAGAGCGUGACAGUAGUGCUUCAUCGGAAGACAGCCAUACCACCGUACACACUGCGGUCAAGAACGGAGAUUACAUUCAAUCCCCUCAGGAGGAGGACUCUUUGAAAGAGCAGCUAAAAGAAGAUGCAAUACAAACGGAGAAUCUUCGCCAGGUUGAUCAGGAACUGUUUUUAAGACCACCGUCGCCUAUUGAGCCACCUAAUGAUACCGAGCCACCAGAGCUGGUACCUCCAGUGGUUGUGCAGCAAGCCAAAGAAUACACACCAAAUUCCGAACGACCACCGAGUGUUGCCAAUGGCGCUCUGCUCCGAAGCAAUGGGCAACCGCCAUCGCUGCCUCCAGUGCAAGAUAAGCUUGCCACAAAAGAUACGACCGCGAGACCGAAGGGCACGCGAACAUUGCGCAAAAGUUCGUUCCCUUCCAGUAAGCUACGCCUAGGAGGGGAUGGUCCCGUUGGUGUAGCCUCUAAACCACCGAAUAUUCUGGUCCAUUCGGAUAGUAGCUCUACAAUGGAGUACGUCAUACAAACGCUUAACAGCUUGCUAGAACCGCAUACCUACACGAUCUACCCAAUAACGACCACUCAAACUAUAGCCAACUCAUGGCAGCAAAGCACGGCAUUGAUCAUUGUUGCUGGCACACUAGAUGCGGAUGUACGGAAGGUACUAGUGGAUUACUUUCUGCACGGUGGAACGGUGUUCAGUAUGUGCUCUGAUUUGCUCGAUAACAUACUUCCCGAUUCGAAAACGGCUGAGAUACGGGAGCGUGAGCUCGUAAGCUUUUCUUACCGCAAAUGGAAACAGAUCAAAAUGUUGCAUCACGUCUUCUGCUAUCAAUUGUCACCGGCCAGGAAGCAAUUUUCCCUCGAAACCGAAGAGUCCGGCACACUGCUACCAGUGUCAUACGUUGAUGCCACCGAUAUGGCCGGGAAGCUACAUUCACUCACGGUCGAGAUACUGGCACAAGAGGAAACAUGGAACACACCUAGCAUAUUGGAGGCCCACAAUCGUAAAACCGGAGGACGUGCCAUAUUUUCUCAGAUUCAUCUAGAAUUGGAUCCAUCGCUGUUUCAAACGAGCAUUGACACGGCGGACAAUGCACUACAAAAUUCUAAUCAAUUGCGGUACGAAAUUUUGAGUGAUCUGCUCGGUGGUCGCAUCGGGCUCAAGUUGCGCGAGGCGCAUGCCUGCAAGGAAAGCGAUAUCGUGUAUAAGAAUGCUUAUUUCUUGGGAAAACACGAAGCAAAGAUCGAAGCACUGAACACGCUCAAGGACUGCAUGGCACGGCCGAAUGUGAUUCAAACCAAAGAUCUAACCUUACAAUUCUGUGGCAAAAGCGAUAACGCCCCAGGACCGGCCACCGAAUCACAUCUACCGGUAAUGAUCGUCCACUGUCCGGAAGAUUUCUCGACCUUGGAGUACUUUGAGAAUCUUACCACGAACAAGAUCGGACGUAUCGGUAUCUACGCACCGAUCAUCAGCAGCUCCAUGCUAAUCGUGUCCAAUUUGACGCUUACCCAUGGCUUCAUGGUGAUUGCCCGUCAUCAAACCAAAGGAAAAGGUCGCAAUAGCAACCAGUGGCUGAGUCCCCCCGGGUGUGCUAUGUUUUCACUACAGUUGCACAUCCUCAUGAGCAGCUUCCUGGGGCAGAGGUUGCCAAUAGUGCAGCAUCUGGUUGCGGUAGCAGUCGUCUCGGCCAUUCUCUCCAUUCCUGGUUAUGAGCACCUUAAUCUCGGACUGAAGUGGCCAAAUGAUAUUUACGCGUACGGAACCACCAAACUCGGUGGCAGCAUUUUCAACACGUCGGUGGACUCUAGCAGUGCCGUCGUAAACCUUGGCGUCGGAAUUAAUCUGAGUAACAGCAAACCAACGCUCUGCCUCAACGACGUGAUUGCGCAUUACAACGCGAAACAUUCCACCGCCUUGCCGCUGCUGUCGUACGAGAAAACGUUCGCUCUGAUCUUCAACAAGCUGGAGGAAUUGUAUGAGCGCGUGCAACGACAGGGCGUAGAGGAGCUGCAGCAGGAGUACUACCGGCACUGGUUGCAUCAGGAUGCCGAGAUCAGCAUGGUGGACACUGGCGGCGAAUCCUUGCAGGGCACGGUAGUGGGCAUCGAUGACUACGGAUUCCUGCUGGUCAAGAAGCAACCAUCCGGCGAGACCGUUUCCGUGCAUCCGGACGGUAACAGCUUCGACAUGAUGCAAGGCUUAAUCAUUCCCAAGUACAGCUAAACGGCAGGAGAACGAAAAAUAGUUGAACACAUAUUUGGCGAUGGAAGGAUGGAUUAGCUUAGGAAUCAACUCAAUUCAUCAGAACAUCAAUCGAAGCUUAAGCUUUCGCUUAGAUAGAAAUCUUAGAUAAGAGCCAGGUGGGCCUCCUCGUUAUCCACUGCCGGGGCGACAGAUCGUAAUGUUGAAAUUUAUUGAAAUCUGCGUGUGUCUCUGCGUGUGUCUUUCCAAGAAUCCCAUUAGAAAAUAACGGAAAUCAGCUUAUAGCAAGAACUGUAAUCAAGAUUCCUACUUUCUAUCGUGUUUAACACUCAAUUGUUUUUGUUAAACCCCGUGUUUUGUCGGACAGGAUCACACAGUUACGCCGCAUUUGAGAGAUAAGGCAGCGAAAGGGAAUAGUGAAUGAAGGAUAGCUUCGUUGUUGUAUUGUGUAAUGUUAGAUUUAUCAAGGGAGUUUACAAUGUUUUGGGCUGUUGCCCAGGAUUUUUACCAGCAACAAUUAUUAAGUGGUUUUGCGGGUAGUAUGUUUCUUAUAUCAAUCUGUUCCUUCUUUCCGGUGCAUUGCCGAACUGUUAACAAACCUGCAAUACGGUGUGAAAGGAAUUACUGAGUGGCUUCAAACUUUAGCUGGUACGCGUAUACAAAGUAAACUCGUGAAAAGUGUGCAACAAUUGAUGUGAAAAUCAAAAUCAUUCCAGCAAUUCGCAUAAAGCAUAUCUCUACGACACCAACCUGGCUGCAAGGACCAGGAAAUGUUUCCACUUAUCGCACAAAAACGUGUGGCACAAGUUAUCCUUAAAAAAAACAUGUUUCCCCAUUUCGGCUCUUCACCAAAGUUAAAAAUGUUCCAACUCUGAAUGUAAACCUCAUUAAAACUUUUCCCGAUCACACAGCAACGUUGUCGUUUUACUUC